UUUCUCUCUCCUCUUUCUCUAUCUAAAAAGAAAAAGACAUGCGAAGUCUGUUUGGUGCUUCUUCUCAGCUCCUGAGCCGAUCCUUCACUCACUACUUCUUCCCCAACACUAGUCGGAGUCACUCUCUCUCUAAGCAUCGUCACCAUUUCUGCAAUUUCUCUCUCCAAAACACCUCCCGAUCUCUUCGAACAUUCGCGAUCAUGGCCGCCACUGAGGAGCUCGUCAAGGGCAGUGUCCUCCCCAACGGCGUCGCUCUCAUCACUCUCGACCGCCCCAAAGCCCUCAACGCCAUGAACCUAGACAUGGAUAUCAAGUACAAAAGUUUUCUUGACGAGUGGGAAGUGGAUCCUAACGUGAAAUGUGUUCUAGUUGAGAGCAGUUCACCUCGUGCCUUUUCAGCAGGAAUGGAUAUUAAGGGAGUUGUUGCUGAAAUUCAAAAGGAAAAAAGUGGUGAUGUGAAGCAGAUCACGACCAAAAACCAACUGUCAGAUAUGAUUGAGGUAUUUACUGCAGAAUAUUCUCUAAUAUGUAAAAUUCACGAAUACCAAAAGCCUUAUAUAUGCUUCAUGGAUGGUAUAACAAUGGGCUUUGGAAUUGGCCUAUCUGGUCAUGGUCGCUACCGGCUCAUUACUGAGAGGACGAUGCUUGCUAUGCCAGAAAAUGGGAUUGGCCUAUUCCCAGAUGUGGGAUUUGCUUAUAUAGCAGCACAAACUCCCGGAGAAGGAUCAGUUGGUGCGUAUCUUGGAAUGACUGGAAAAAGGAUUUCUACACCUGCUGAUGCACUAUACGUAGGUCUUGGAACACAUUACAUACCAUCUGGGAACUUGGGUUCAUUGAAGGAGGCGCUCUUGGCAACCACCUUUUCUGACGAUCCAAAUGAGGACAUCAGUGCACUAUUGGCAAAAUACAGCAGUAACCCCGAGUCUGAGCCCCAGCUGAAGUUGCUUUUACCUCUUAUAGCUUCAUCCUUUGGUGGAAACAAAUCUGUUAAUGAAACAAUACAAGAGCUGAAAAAACACCAGCUGAGCACUGAUGCCACAGUGACAGAGUGGGCCAAGGAGGCCCUUACAGGGCUUGGAAAAGGUGCCCCCUUUUCUCUCAGCUUGACAAAAGAACAUUUCUAUAGAGUGGCAUCCGCACGCGCAAAUAAUGACAAUGCUUUAUCCAGUUUAAGUGGCGUAAUGAAAACUGAAUAUCGAAUUGCUUUAAGGUCCUCCCUCCGAAAUGAUUUUGCUGAAGGUGUUCGUGCAGUCUUGGUGGACAAGGAUCAGAACCCUAAGUGGAACCCCCCAAGUCUCGAGGAUGUUAACCCAAGAGAGGUGGAAGCGCUCUUCGAACCACUGGCCCCCCAAGUUGAGGAACUGAAAGUUUGAACUGCAUGCAUCUUGUCAUAAUGUCUUUAUUUUCGGGCUCAAAUUUGUUUCUCAUAGUUAGAAAUAUGUUUGACGUAAAAUAAGCCAAUUUGACAUGAUCAUAUGCAAUUGGUCUCCUGGAAGGUUUUAAACCUCCUUAAUAUCUACUCCAUCUAUUCAAAGGGUAGAGUCGCUGAGCUAUUAGGGUUAGGUAUUCCUAUGAGGGUGGCCUGUCACAGGCCUUACCCUACCCGAAAAGUAAGGGACCAGAAACAGGUGGUGCACCCAUUAUCGCAAGUGUGUUGUAAUGAGAGUUUUUCACAUGCAAACCAAGUGGCUGUGUAGACCAUAUUUCGAGAACUAGUGAAAUCACUUAUUUUGAUUUA